AUGCCAGAGCCUAUUGCGGUCGUGGGCUCAUCCUGCCGAUUUCCUGGAGGUGCUUCGUCUCCUUCGAAAUUAUGGCAACUCUUGAAAAAUCCACGCGAUGUCCUGUCCGACAUUCCAAAAGACCGCCUGGGGCUUGGCGCAUUCUACCACGAAGACGGGGAGCAUCAUGGUUCGACAAACGUUGUUGCUAAGGCCUAUCUACUCGAAGAGGACCCCAGACUCUUCGAUGGCCCUUUUUUCAACAUCAAUCCUAUGGAGGCAGACGCAAUGGAUCCACAGCAACGACUUCUACUUGAAAGCGUCUACGAAUGCAUCGAAAGUGCUGGAUAUCCACUUGACAAGAUGCGAGGCAGCGCGACAUCAGUGUAUGUUGGCUGCAUGACCAACGACUAUAGCGAUAUUCAGGGGCGAGAUCUAGAGAUCAUCAACCGCUAUCAUGGAACUGGUUCUACGAGAAGCAUUCUGUCUAAUCGUAUCUCCUACGUAUUCGAUCUUCGAGGCCCGUCUGUGACCAUGGACACAGCAUGCUCAUCAUCUCUUGCUGCUCUGCAUUUUGCCGUGCAGUCAUUACGCAACGGCGAAUCGACAAGCUCGAUAGUCGGAGGCGUGAAUUUGAUUUUCGACAGCACAUCCUACAUAUCCGAGUCAAAGCUCCACAUGCUAUCGCCCACGUCGCGCAGUUCAAUGUGGGACGAUUCUGCUGACGGUUAUGCCCGAGGCGAGGGCGUGUCAGCACUGAUGCUCAAAACGCUAUCCCAGGCUUUAGCGGACGGCGACCACAUCGAAUGUAUUAUCCGAGAGACUGGCAUGAACUCGGAUGGCAGAACGACAGGAAUGACAAUGCCCAGCGGUGACGCGCAGGCCACGCUGAUCCGUGACACGUACGCUCGUGCCGGGCUCGAUCUAAACCUCAAGAGCGACCGACCGCAAUACUUCGAAGCGCACGGCACCGGAACCAUGGCUGGUGAUCCUCAAGAAGCUCGCGGCAUCUACAGCGCAUUCUUUGGCCAUGAUUCGGAUGACAGCGCAGAGGAAGAAAGUGAAACGAAACUCUUCUGUGGAUCAAUAAAAACAGUGAUCGGGCAUUUGGAGGGCUGUGCUGGUCUUGCUGGUCUACUGAAAGCGUCGCUGGCAAUUCAAAAUGGAGUAAUACCACCGAAUCUACUCUUCCAGCGUCUGAAUCCGGACAUAAAACCCUUCUACCACCGUCUCCAGGUUCCCACAGAAGCGCUCCCGUGGCCGUCUGGGACUUCGCCGCGGCGUGCAAGCGUGAACAGCUUUGGCUUCGGAGGGACCAAUUGUCACGCAAUCAUAGAACAAUAUAUUCCCCAAGCUGAGCCUGCAAAGGCAGCUGAGCAGAUCUCCAUCGUUGACGACUUCUUUGCUGGGCCUCUACUUUUGUCGGCGUACACCGGAAGCGCGCUUGCAGCUAGCAUCGAGUCUUUAGCCGAUCUGCUCGAAGAAGACGGCAGCGAUCCCAGCGUGCAAGAUCUUUCCUUCUUUACGCAGACGCGGCGGAGCACGUUUCCACAACGUAUCUACUUCCCAGGAAGGUCUCGAACUGCCCUUAUCAAGGCCCUGCGGGCCUCCAGCUCCACAGCACCGUCUGAGCUCGGCGUGCGAGCCCCUGUGAGACUCAAGUGGCACACACCCGGAAUACUUGGAGUGUUUACCGGGCAAGGCGCGCAGUGGGCCACGAUGGGCCGGGACAUGGUGAACCGCUGUCACUUGUUCCGGCAAAGUAUUGAAUCUUGCGAAGCUGCUCUUCAGUCACUACCGGAUGGACCAGCGUGGUCAUUAAAAGAAGAGCUCCUUCAAGAGCAAUCGAGAUCCCGACUACACGAAGCAGCACUUUCCCAGCCACUGUGCACAGCCAUUCAAAUUGCUUUGGUCGAUACACUAAAGGCUUCGGGAGUUACCUUCCGUGGCGUUGUCGGACACUCUUCUGGUGAGAUUGCGGCGACAUAUGCUGCUGGUCUACUUUCUGCCGAAGAUGCCAUGCGAGUCGCGUACUAUCGUGGUCUGCAUGCUCACUUGGCCCAAGGGAAGAACGGCCAGCGAGGGGCCAUGUUGGCUGUCGGUCUGGGCAUUGAUGAUGCAGAGGCCUUCUGCAAGCCCUACGAAGGCCGACUGAGCGUGGCAGCCAGUAAUUCUCCUACGUCUACAACUUUGUCCGGUGACGAGGAUGUCGUGCAAUCGGCCAAGGCCACGCUGGACGAGAAGGGAACGUUCGCAAGGCUGCUGAAGGUCGAUACGGCCUACCAUUCAAGCCACAUGCUGCCUUGUGCCAAACCUUAUCUGGAAUCACUGAAGGCGUGCAAUAUAAAAGUGCUACCUCAGAACGAGGAAUGCAUUUGGAUCUCGUCGGUCCACGGUCAUGCUGAGAUCCUGGACGACGCAGAGGAUCUUGAAGUGCUAGCUGAUCAGUACUGGGUUGACAACAUGUGCCAGCCAGUUCUGUUUUCUGAAGCCAUCGAAUGCUCGCUCUGGCGUGCCGGUCCCUUCGAUCUUGCCAUCGAAGUGGGCGCUCAUCCAGCACUAAAGGGCCCCGCUACCCAGACGAUCACGGCAAUAUUAGGCGCUAACGCGGCUCUGCCGUACACUGCAACGCUGCAACGAGGUCAGCCCGAUGUGCAAGCUUUCUCUGCUUCACUCGGAUCGCUUUGGACAACUCUUGGUACCUGGGUAGACUUCAACGGAUGGAGAAGAGCAUAUCUUGGACCGGAGUCAGCACCCGUGGCCGCGGUACCCAAGGGACUUCCAGGCUACAAGUGGUCUCAUGAUCAAGUCUUCUGGAAAGAGAGCAGAAUCUCUGCUAGGUAUCGUCUCGCAGAACGGGCGCCGCAUGAGCUGCUCGGCAGACGCGCUCCUGACGAUUCAGAUAAUGAGAUGCGCUGGCGCAAUAUUCUGAAGGUCAGCGAACUCCCUUGGACUCGAGGCCACGUCUUCCAGAGAGCAAUCCUGUUUCCCACCACGAGCUACAUCGCCCUAGCGAUCGAAGCUGCCGCAGAAACCGCUGGAUUGGAUCGAAUCAAGCUCAUUGAGAUCCGCGAUCUGGUCAUUCCACGCGCUUUGGUGUUAGAAGACAACCAUACCGGGGUUGAGACGGUCUUCUCUAUGCGCAGACAGCCAAGCUCUGAUGCCACAUUCAUUGAAGCAGAGUUCGCUUGCCACUCUAGCGUCAAUGGCGCCGCUCUCGAAAAGAACUGCGGUGGCCGCGUGGUUAUUGAAUUAUUCCCAUCCGACGAGAAUUCAGACAAUGAAGAAGCAUCAGUACUGCCAACACGAUGUCCUCCACGCUCCGGCACAACGUCAAUAGAGGGUGAAGCGUACUACCAGGCCAUCCUUAACACUACAGGACUAGACUAUACAGGACUCUUCCGAGGCAUGAAGCACAUUCGUCGCUCAAUGGGCUUCUCGAGUGCCGUUGCGUCCUGGCCUGUCGAAGAGGUGGGCAAUCGUUAUCUUGUUCACCCAGGUUUGUUGGAUGUCGCUCUGCAGGCGAUAUUGGCAGCGUUUGUCAACCCUACUCGCAUCCCAAUCCGCGGAUCACUGUUGCCUUCUGCAUUGGCUCGUCUGGUGUUUGAUCCGCAUACGAGUGCUAUCACGGAAGAUGACAAAGAGGUAGUCUUCGAAUCAGACUGUUUCUUGACAACGAACACAGUUCGGUCUGUAGAGGGCGAUAUUCAUGUGUUCGGGCCAUCAGGGAAAUGCAUGAUGCAAGUCGAAGGCUUCAGAAUGGACAACUGGACGGAGCCGAGCGCGAAAGAAGAUCGCCCGGUAUUCUCUCGUCUCGAAUACAAACCGGACCUCUUCUAUGCGAACGGCAAUGAUCUUGCUGAACUCACUCCUGAUGACGCUGAGCUCAGGUUGAUCGAGGCGGUGAAUAGAAGUUCCUUCUACUAUUUACGCGCGUUCUUCUCUACCGUUACCGAAGCGCAGAUGGCAGAAUGGACAUGGGAUCGACAGGCUUUCUGCAAAGCCGCAAAGCAGGUGCUGAAGCUCACGGCGGACGGGAGGCACCCAGUGGCGCGAAAGUCAUGGCUGAAUGAUACCGCAGCGCUCAUGGAAGAGUAUAAGCAAACACCAGCUCUUCAGAGUCAACCAGACAUGAGGGCCAUCCAUGUCGCAGGGGAGCAUCUCGGACAAGUCAUGGCUGGCGAGGAGCGUGCUCUCGAAAUUUAUCUUCGCGAGGGGGUCUGGGCUCCUCUUUACUCACACGGAAGAUACCAAGUGCGCCUGAACCGCACCAUCGCAGACUUGGUCCGUAGUUUCGCCCACCGCUAUCCUCGUGCAAAUUUCUUGGAAGUCGGUGCAGGUAGCGCCGGUACUACUGUAGGAAUCUUGGAUCAGCUUGGAGAUGCUCUUGGUCAAUACACUUUCACGGACAUCUCCGCCGGCUUUUUCGAAAAGUCCCGGGAGCGAUUGGCAAAGACCGAAGCUGCUGCAGCAGAUCGAGUUGUCUACAAGGUUCUUGACCUCGAACGCGACCCUCAGGAGCAAGGUUUCGAGCCGGAGUCUCAAGAUGUUAUCAUCGCAGCAAACGUCUUGCACGCGACAGCAGAUCUGAAGAAGUCCGUGGAAAGCGUUCGUCGCCUUCUGAAGCCAGGAGGAUACUUGUUCAUGCUUGAGGUCACAGGCGAGUACCUCGAAGGCUUGCUACUCAUGGGUCCACUCGAGGGUUGGUGGCUUGGAAAUCGUGAAGGUAAAGCUAGUCAACCUGGUCUCACACUCUCUGGCUGGGACGAUCUUCUGCGCGAGACGGGAUUCACUGGAGUCGACAAGCACCAGAGCGACAUUCCCGAUUCUGCUACACAUGCCGUCUCCGUUGUCGUGUCGCAAGCCACGGACACACGCAUCGAAAUGCUUCGAGAACCACUUGAAUACCUGGAUGAGCUACCUGUCAGUGAUCAAGUGCUGAUCAUCGGCGGAGAGUCACUGGCAAUGUCGAAGACCAUUCGAAGCAUUUCUCAGCAGGUGUCGCGUUUUGCUGGACGCGUUCAGGUCGUUCAAAGCGUCGACAAGAUUGACCCAGAUGUCCACACAUCAGCUCCUACGGCAGUCAUCGCGCUGUGCGAGCUGGAACGACCAUUCUUUGCCGAUCCAGUCACCGAGUCACGUUUGAAGAAGCUUCAGUCCCUCUUUGCCCACGCAACGGAUGUGUUGUGGGUCACGACCGGACAUCUAGACGACAAUGAUCCUUCGUCAGCCAUGAUGAUAGGCCUGUGCCGCACAAUGGUCGUCGAGCUGGAGCACCUCAACUUGCAAUUCUUGAACACUAUCACGAAAGGCACCAGGGCAUCCGAUGCCCGCCUCAUCGUUGAGGCUUUCAUACGCCUCAAAUUGAGUGCCUCGGAUUCCUUCGCCGCUUCGCCAAUCCUUUGGUCGAACGAGCCCGAGUUGACAGUGUCGUCAGAAGAAGAAGUUCUGAUCCCGCGUCUUCUGCCUGACGUGGAGCGCAACGACCGGCACAACUCCGCCGCGCGGCACAUCACCAAAGCAGUGACUUCAGUCGGUGUGGACAGUCCGCAGUACACGGCUGUGGCACAUACCGGUCAACUUAGAAUCGAAGAAGAUGCACCCUGGCUACUGCCUGCAAAGCGGCAAGCUUUGGCGCCUGCAGAUGCUGUCACGAUCCAGACCAGCCUCUCAGUGACAGUGCCCGGGUCGGCCUCCGCCGUCCUGAUCACGGGCUAUGAUCAACAAGGUAAACCUGUUCUUGCUCUCGUCAGUUCGCACAGUACCCAGCUUGCGGUACCUGCUGCGUCCGUCCUUUAUCUCAAAUCAGAGCGACCAUAUACUGCCAAGCAGCUGCGAACUUGUGCUCAACUCAUCUUGGCUCAGCACGUACUUGCGGCUGUUUCAACUGGCAGGUCCAAGAAGGAGUCCAAGGUCAUCAUACACGGUGCUUCUGCAGCUCUGGCCGAUGCCAUCAAACAUCUAGCUGCAGAGCAGCAGAAUCUGGUUUUCACUGAGUCAACAUCCAGCGCUAAAACCGACAUUCCAAGCGCCGUUCGUCUGCAUCCGCGGUCGUCUAACUACAUCAUACAACGAGCACUACCACCCAACGUUGGCUUCGUCGUGGACCUUACUAAAGGCGAAGCUGUGGGUUCUAAGCUAACUUCCAUCUUUCCUGGCGCUGCACUGGAUUUGGACAAGCUCGUUCUCGAAGGCAAAGCUCUGCUCCUCUCAGACUUGGAGAGCUCGUUCGAGCAGGUCCUAGCCGCGGACGUUCUCACAACAGAAGAAGCAGAAGCCAGUGUACCGGCACACCUCUUAAGCAAUGCACCAGCUUCCUCCCUCGACUACCCUGCUGUGGUGGACUGGUCGAUCGAUACCGAACAUCCUUUGCAAGUCACAGUGAAACCUAUCAACGGCCGUGGACUCUUCUCGUCUGACAAAUCGUACCUUAUGGUCAGCUUGGUAUCGACUCUGGGUCGUUCGAUCUGCAGAUGGAUGAUCGAAAAUGGUGCACGACACAUUGCCUUGGCAAGUCGUAGUCCCAAGGUCGACCCUCAGUGGCUCGAAGAGAUGGCUCAACUGGGAGCCAAUGUGCGUGUUUACAGAAUGGAUGUUUCUGACAGGGAGUCGGUUCGAAGCACAGUCGCUACGAUGCGCUCUGAAAUGCCACCGAUUGCAGGAGUGGCGAAUGCUGCUCUUGUGCUUCGAGACCGCCUCUUCCUUGACAUGGAAUUGGCAGAUAUGACCGAGGUACUUGCGCCAAAGGUUGAUGGGUCUUUCAACUUGCAUGAGGAGUUCGAUGACCGUACGCUGGACUUCUUCAUUCUGUUCUCGACUCUGUCUUGCGUCAUUGGCAAUGCAGGUCAGUCCAACUACGAUGCUGCAUCUCUCUAUCAAGUCAUGCUGGCGAAACAACGCCGUCAGAAGGGACUUCCAGCGUCCGUCAUGGAAGUCGGAUGUGUGGCAGACGUGGGAUACGUUGCCGAGCGCGGCCAAUCACUGUUUGACAAACUUGCGCGCACCAUGAAGCUGCCUUUAUCUGAGGCUGAUGUGCAUCAGCUCUUCGCUGAAGCGGUAGCAGCAAGUCCGGUGCGUGAAGGAGAAGUUGUUGAUUCCACAACUGCCGAGAUUGUCUCGGGUAUGGGCUAUUAUAACUACACUCCUAACACUCCCUUCGAAGCACACCCUCCGUGGUUCAAUAACCGGCUUGCGGCUCACUACGUGGGAGAAGAACGAGGGUCCAACGUCGUGACAAGUGGAGCAGAUGGUGAUAAUUUAUCCGUUGCUGCUCAACUCGAUGCUACUACAACUGAGGGUGCGGCGGCUGCUGUUCUCACUCGAGCCUUGGCAGCCAGAGUGGAGACUAUGCUGCAGAUGGCCAGCGGCAACUUCAAGGUUGACGCUUCUUUGCUUGAUGUGGGCAUAGAUUCACUUCUGGCAGUCGAGCUGCGCACCUGGUUCUUGAAGGAAGUGCAUGUCGAUGUUCCUGUCCUCAAGAUCUUGGGCGGAGACAGUGGCGAGGCCAUUUGUGCCUUUGCCGCCAGUCAAUAUUUGGCAGAGAAGAGCAAGACAGCCAAGGAAGCGCCAUCUGCCGCUGGCAAAGAUGAUUCAGCUUCACCCGAAACGGACUUGCAGAAGGAUGAUGCGGCGAGCGUAUCAGGAUCAGACGAGAAACAGUCAGGCUCAUCGAGCUCAAGUGACGCUGGCGAUUCUGCUAUGGCCACCAGCGUGAGCACGAUGGGAGCGGAAGAAAAGGAAGACACAAACCCUCCGCAAACACUGCGAGAUACUGCGCCCAUGACGCACGCUCAGGCAAGAAUGUGGAUUGCCGAUCAUGUUUCAUCCAAUCAGAUCCAAAACAACAACGUACUAAUUUACGAUCUGACCGGGUUUGUUAAUGUGACUCGCCUUCGUCGUGCAGUUGCCACCGUCGUUGCCCAUCACUCAGGACUUCAUACCUGUUUCUUCCAGGACGCAACAAAUACCCCUCUACAAGGCCGUUUGGAAACACCUCUGGACUGCUUCAAGCAUAUUUCGUCGUCGAAGGACGGCAAGACCAAUGACGAGCUGAUAUGCCAAGUGGAAAGAGAGUUGAGCACGCGAAAAUGGCGACUGCAACGCGGCGAAGCUCUCGAGGUCGUCUUGGUAUCUCAUGCGAGCGACAAGCAUACUUUGCUGAUCGGGUACCAUCACAUCGCAAUGGAUGGCACAGCCUGGCGCACAUUCUUCAGGGACUUGCAUAUGGCAUACCAGGGAAUAUCGUUUCAGUCUUCCGGCAAGUCUUUAGCCGAAAUCGCUGCAAGUCAAGCCCGACGUGCUGUUGAUGGGUCGACCGCAUUCUGGAAACAACUGCUGUCGCCGGUCCCGGAAUCAUUGCCACUUCUACCAUUUGCCUCGACCAAGAGUCGCCCUCAUCUUGACGGUUUCAAAAACUACACAAGCACUACAGAACUGGCUGGACCGGUCGUGGAACGUAUCAACGGCAUCAGCCGGUCUCUGGGCGUUACUGCAGUCAACUUCUACUUGGCUGCUGUUCAAUGCCUCCUAGCACGCCUCACACAUACUCCAGAUAUCUGCAUUGGAGUUACGGACUCUGGUCGCGAUGCGGAGACAGCUGAGACCGUUGGCUUCUUCCUCAAUCUAUUGCCAUUCCGACUGGGCAAAACAGACUCGGAAUCAUUCGCGGAACUGAUCCAACAAGUCAACAGCACAUACCGCGAAGCACGCAAGCACUCAAGCGUGCCAUUCGAUGAGAUACUGGAAGGUGCGGGUGUCAGUCGUGAUCCCACAUGCACACCACUGUUCCAGGUCGGCUUUGAUAUUCGUCCAGGGCAAUCCGCUGAGAUUCCCCUUGGCAACUGCAAAUUGAGCAUUCGUGAUGCAGUUGACUCCGUUCUACCUUACGACAUCACCUUCUGUGUGGUGCCAAUGCCUACCACUGGCCCAUCCUAUGUGCAAGUUCAUACUCGAACGGAUUUGUACUCGCCAGAGGCCACGGAGUUGCUUGCGCAUAUGUAUAUCACACUCCUAGAGAGCGUGGUCCGAGAAUCCGCUGUCAGCAGUCCGAUCGAACGACUUCAGAUCUAUCCUAGUGCAGGCAUCCAGAAAGCUCUCGACUUUGGAAGCCCCAAGGCUACGACUUUCGAUGGUUGGCCAUCGACGAUCACUGCAAGAUUCGACCAAAUUGCCAGCGACCAUGCGACCACGACUGCGAUUAGGGAUGCUUCUGGCUUUUUGAGCUAUUCAGAGCUGUCGAUGGUCAUCGGACGCUUGUCGAAGCGCCUGUUGCCUCACAAGGGGCAACGAAUCGCGGUUCUGUGUGAGCCCCAGCGAGAGUGGAUCAUUGGCAUGCUCGCUAUCUUCAGGAUCGGAGCAACAUUCAUCUCACUGGACGCAACACUACCUCCUGCACGACUUGUCGCCAUGAUCAACGCAAGUGAGGCGAGCAUCGUUCUCUGUCAUGCUGCCACUAAAUCUCUGAGCUCUAAGAUCGUCUCCGAAUCUGGAUCCGCAGCUGAGGUUUUGUGCUUCGAAGACAUAGAUCCGGACGCUAGCGAGGCCGUUGGAGUAGAAAAUCUGGAGGACCCUACCAAAGCGUCACUGAUACUCUGCACCAGUGGUACAACAGGUGUUCCCAAAGCUAUCCUACUCUCAUCACGCGGUUUCCUCAAUUUCCUUGGCAACCAAGCCGAGAUACAUGGCGUGCAAGAAGGCGAGGUUAUCCUGCAAAAGGCGAACUUAGGCUUCGACAUGGCUAUUGCUGAGGCUCUACUUGCUCUAGCACAUGGAGGUACUCUGAUCAUUGCCCCGCAAGCGAGUCGUGGAGACCCCGUCGCUUUGACAGACUUGAUGGUUCGCGAGAACGUGAGCCUUACUUUCGCCUGUCCUACCGAGUAUCUCAUGUGGCUCCAUUAUAGCAAAGACAAGCUUUCUGACUUGACACGUUGGCGUUUGGCGCAUUGUGGUGGAGAAAAGGUGCCCGAGGCUCUUCGCAGGGAAAUGCAAAAUCAUCCUUGCAGUCCAGUAUUCGCGGAUGCGUAUGGACCUACUGAAAUUUCAAUUUGCGUCACAAUGGAGCAUGACGAAAGAGAUGAUAUCCAGGAUCCAAUGACGCUAGGCGCGACCUCAGUUGGGCGACCUCUUGCCAAUGUUGGAGCUUUCAUUCUGGAUCCUUAUGGCCACCUUUGUCCACCUGGUGUUCCCGGAGAGAUUUGCGUCACUGGGCCGGGAGUCGCGCUCGGCUACGUUGAUGCUGAUGCGACUGCCAGAUCGUUCAUUGAGAACUUCAAGAUUCAAGAUGGCAACGGAUCCACACGUUGUGAAGGAAGAAUGUACAGAACUGGAGACCGAGGCGUCUGGAGGGCAAACGGCACCCUUGGCUACCUGGGCAGGAUGGUUGACGACACUGUUGUCAAGAUUCGUGGGCAGAGAACCGACCUUACAGAUGUUGAGAACGCGAUUCUGUCUCAUGGUGCUCACAUGGUAUCCGACGUUGCGGUAACGUUCCAUCAGGAGAACGAUGAUACAUUCCUCGUCGCCCACGUGGUUCCCAACGAACAGAACGACCAGCUCCCUGCUAAUGAUGAUGGCAAUGAGAGUUCGAAGGACAACGAUGGUGAGCUUGAGGCAUCAAUGGAGACUUUCAUGCAACGUUUGCCCCUGCCACGACACAUGAAGCCAAGCCGGGUUGUCGUGCUCCCAAGAAUACCCAUGACUUCCAAUGCUAAAAUUGAUCGUCGAAAGCUGGCUCAGACUCACCUGCCGCCAAGAUCUAUCAUUUCCGAUCACGAUAGAGGUGCAUCCAAGUUCACAACUCUGAAGGAAGUGGAGCUGCAUCUACUAUGGAAGCGUGUCCUUGAUCGCGCCGACAUUCCACGUCGGCCCGAUGUGGACUUCUGGGCUAUGGGAGGAUCAUCGCUGCAUCUAGUGAAGCUACAGGCAGCUAUCCGCACGGAUAUGUUUGUCGACUUGUCGAUUCGCGAUAUGUUCAUGCAUAGCACAAUUGGAAGCAUGGCAGAGUUGAUUUCCGAUCGAAUCUCAGACCUGCCUGCUCGAGGAGCAAUUAAUUGGGACCAGGAGACGAGACUACCUGAUGACUUGAAGUUGGCUUUACGCGCAUCGAGUCCAGAUCAAACGGCUCCGGCGAACGUUGCGUCAUGCAAGGAGGUUCUCCUCACUGGCGCGGACAGCUUUCUGGGUGGCAAUAUACUGCAGUCAUUGCUGCGCAACCCAUCGAUUCGCCGGGUCCACUGCCUUGCUGUGCCGUCUCCGAACAAAUUGCCCGCAGGGACUGAUGUCUCACGCGUCGUCAUCUACGAGGGCAGUAACCUCCAUCAAAAGAACUUCGGACUAAGCGAGGAAACGACCACGAGUCUCCUGGAAAGCGUUGAUCGAAUCAUAAUAGCAGGAAGCCACGGUCAUUGCCUACACAACUACGCCUCUCUCCGACAAACGAAUGUUGCGAGCACCAGAACUCUCGCAACCUGGGCGUCUCGUCGUCGAUUGCCGAUUCACUUCGUUUCUUCCAAUCGAGUGACGCUUCUCGCCAAAGACGCGCACGCCGCGCUUCCACCAGUCAGCGUCAAGACGCAUCCCCCGAAGAACGAUGGAUCUGAAGGAUUGACGGCAUCGAAAUGGGCAGGCGAGGUCUUCCUCGAAAACCUUGCAGACGAAGCCAGCAAAAUCGGAGGCGGUUUCUCCAUCACUAUUCAUCGUCCCUGCUCAGUAGUAGGCGAUCAAGCACCCUCAGACGAUGCUCUCAACUCCAUUCUGAGGUUCUCAGCCCUCAUGAGCGCGGUUCCGCAAGUGUCCAAACUACCCGUUGCUGGCUUCUUUGACUUCGCAUCAGUGGAGCAAGUUGCCGCAAGCAUUGCUGAAGCCGCUGUCCAGAAAGAACAGCCACCACAUCUCCGCUUCCGCCAUCACAGCGGAGGUGUGGAGGUACGGCCGGCCGAGCUGAAAGAAUAUAUGGAGAAGGUGUACGGUAAAGAGUUCGAGGAGCUCGAGCUCGAGCAAUGGAUUGUGAAGGCCUCGGAGUUGGGUAUUGAGCCUAUGAUCGCGAUUUACUUACGCGCUGUCUUCUCGAGCGGGCAGCAAUUGAUUUUCCCUUUCAUGGGAACGCCGGCAUCAGAAACCGACGCAUAGUCUGUCAAGAAGAAUAGUGACCAUGAUUCAACAACCAUGCACAACGUCUACCAGCUCCCACUCCUCCUCAACAGAACUUCGCCGCCCUCGGUACUACUGUAUCCAGCAACACUCGGCUUCAAAAUUCCCUCCUUAACGAGGUCCUGCACAAGCCCGUAUAUCAUCCCAUCACACCCCUUCGCGGCCAUAAUGUCAACUGUCACAGGCAAAACUUCCUCAUGCUGUGUGAUAUUACUGUAGUACUUCGCUGAGCCUAUAGGCACCACGAAAUCCGGCCCUCCCCAGAACGGCGACGCGCGACUGAUAAUGUUCCCGCCCAAUGGCACAGUCGGCGGAUCUUGAUAUUCAUUCCUGUAGUUGACAGUGGCUUGAGAACCGACGUAAAGUAGAAGAGAGUCACUGCAGGUCUGUUUGUUUGGCACGAGGACGUGGUCUGAGAACCAAUCUGCAAAGAGAGUGCGGUUGGCAUUGGCUUCCUCAACGGCGGUCUCGAGCAAGGAGUCGCCCCAGGUCCAUCGGACCAAAGGUGCGGGGUCGAUGAACGGACGACGGCCGUCGUGAGCGGCAGCGUAGUCUGCGAAGAAUGGAUCGCGGAUGAGAGAGGCUUGGCGUUUGGCGAUGAGGGUGCCGUAGGUGAGAUAUGUCAGGUCUGAUAGAGUAGUAUCGA